GCAUUGGCCCACGUUUCCUUUUCGCUUGCACAACAAAGUCAAGAUCCAUACCCACCUUCUUAGACCAAUUUCCAAUCACACCGAGUAUAGAGGAAGUAGCUUGUUGUGUUCUCAUAUUGUCGUUACCUCGACCACUCACGCGCUUCAAUGAGAAGAUCUGAUUGAAUGACGCUGCAUGUAUUUUCCACGCCCUACCCAUACUAGAGUCUGUCUUCCGAGGUCUUGAUACAGCUAAAUUCGCAUUCUCCAAUUGUACAUGCAGUUUUACACCACUCAAAGUACUUCACAUCUGAGAAAUCUGCGCUUCCAUGCAUUCUUUGGAAUUCUGCGUCCACAUCGCACCAUUGUUGCUACAAACCAGUCUUUUGGAUUUAGGAUUCAUAUGCAGAGCUAUCAGCUUGUACACCCAGUUUGGUCCCCAGUUUAUCCAACGGACUGUCCAACGAUGAGUUUGCAAUAGUUCGUUCCAUUUCAAGGCAGUGUGGCGAAGGGGAGAAUUGGCACAUGCAGAGUGACUUAGCAUCUGCAAAGCUAUCAGAGUGACCUCCUCCAGCAUUCACAAGAGAUGUGACACUGCAGCGGGACGGGAAGUAAAGUUUUAUUCGGGAGAGCCGGGCUUGCGGAUCGAGGAGAGGGACUCUUGAAGGGACUCUUGAAGUCUCGGUUACAUUUCACCGCAGCAAACGUGUCUUACUGUGUGAGAGUGGAGGAGAGAAUGGAAAGUGCAGGAGCGUCUAUCCAGGCUGAACUUGUCACUAUGGUGGUGGGAAACGACCCUAUGGACCUUCUACGGCGUCUGGGAUUUGACUCUGCGGACGAGGAACCGGAGCUUUCCUCCGCUGUCCAGGGAAUGGACUCUGCGGACGAGGAACCGCAGUGUCGUUCCGCUGUCCAGGACCUUCUACGGCGUCUGGGAUUUGAAGUUCCGGACGAGGAACCGGAGCUUUCCUCCACUUUCCAGGAAAUGGACUCUUCGGACGAGGAACCGGAGUUUCCUUCCGCUGUCCAGGACCUUCUACGGCGUCUGGAAGGAAAUGGCGAGCCUAUAGAGUCGUUUCCCGAAUUAUGGGUGCCAGAGUUUCGGGAUUUCUUUCCGAAGCGUGCAUCUCUCUCGAAUAUCAGAGGGUGGCGAAGCAAAGUGCGCCUUCGAGUGCUGGAGGCAAUCGGCAAUUGCAACACCCUUGGGGAAUUGAAUGUAAAUGAAAUUUGUGGCGGAAAUAUAUCGAGGUUGACCGCUAGCGAGUGGGAAAUAGUUUUGAGAGGAUUCAGAUAUAGCACCGAGAGUAUACUCGUUCAUUCUUUGAAAUGGAAUUCAGAUGCGGAAGUGGAGAACUUGUGUUCACAGCUGGGGCAACUUCUGAAUUCCUCUGGCGUAGCAGAUUUGAGAAUAAUGUACAACAGAUUGAAUGCCAGAUGUUUCUCUAAUCUCGCCUCAGGACUGCGAGGAAAUUCUGAAUCUAACCUCAAGUCUUUAACACUAUCGGACGCGUGCGAGGACUCGAGUGCGGUGAAGCAUGUGGCUUACAUGAUUAACAGUGCUACUCGAUUAGAAGGGUUGCAUUUAGGCAUUAUAGACGCCAUGGAGGAGGAGACCGUUGGAAUCCUGUCCCAGGCUUUGAUCCAAAGCUCUUCUUUGAAACGUUUGGGAUUAGAGACGGUGGACUGGGGAGCGGCCUUGUCGCUGAAAGCUUUCGCUGGAGACGAUGGCAACCGAUCCAUUGAAACUCUUCGGCUAAAGUUUCUGCGUAAACUCGGAGGCUGUUUAAGGGAACUUCUUACUUCCAACACAUCAUUGAAGGAAUUGGAGUUGGAUAACUCGCGGAUGAGUCGUGAGGAAUGGCACCAGCUCGGCGAAGUCAUACGUGACAAUGCUAUAGCAACGAAUCUUCUUGUAACGUUUGAUUUCGAUUCUGUGAGUAAGUACUGGGAGUCAGUAGAAGCUCUUGUGUGUGCUGCCAGCUCCGAUGUCAAGGACCCCAAAUUGGAGCUUCAACUCAAUUUUGCAAUGUCGGAUGACCACGACUGCAUGUUAUCAUUAAACCUAUUAGGUAGGGUACUGCGCGGGGAUAUCAAAUCUCUGAAAUCUUUCAGUCUAAGGUGGUUGAAUCGGACCACUUCGGGUAGCGACCAAGAUAGACUGGAAAGUAUACUCCCGAAGAAUGGCCAAACUGGAGAAGCUUCCGUCCUGAAGAGACUGGUAUUAGAUGUUAAGGGCAAAGAUCUUUUGAAGGGAGUAUGGAAGAUCCUGCGUUCGUGCUUGCGAGACAACACAAGUCUCACUCACUUGAAAUUAUCUAGUUCUAAACUCGACGAAGAGAUGUUUAGGGACCUGAUGGGGCUACUCCAAGUGAAUUUGACUCUGGAGGAAAUAAAUGUAGACUACUCAUGGCCAACGUACUCACACACCUCAUUGCAAACGGACGGAAAGGCGUCGCAGAUUCAAGAGGCACUAAAGCAAAACAAGAAGCGGGCGGUCUACAUGGCAGUCUUCAGAGAAGCCAAAUUAACAUUUGGAGAUGCAAAAGCUGGUCGACUCUUUUUAUGCGGCUCUCCUAGAGCAGGCAAGACCAAAUUGCGUCAAACCUUGAUGAGGAUAGUUCAAGGCAAAAGUUGGCUUGGUAACAAAUGGGACGAGUUGUGGAGAACGAGAGGCAUUGAGGUGGAGUUCUUGCAAAAUAAUGACAAAGGUCAAAUUUCAAUCUGGGAUCUUGCAGGACAAAGAGUCUUUCGUACCCUUCAAAGUGUACUUUUCCCUCAAACCAGCAACUUUUGUAUUUUUCUAUUUGUGUAUAGCCACUUUUGUGAAAAAACAUCUUUAGACAAAUCAGAAUCUUGUUUUCUAACAGAGUUGGAAGAAUGGUUGAGUUUCAUCACAUCCAGCUCUAGGAUUACUGGGCAUAAUCGUCCACAAGUUCUUGUUGUGAUAUCACACAAGGAUAAAGCCAAAUCCAGCUCUUUGACAUGGGCUAACUCAAUAGUGAACAAGCUCACCAAAAGAUUUGCAAAAUUUGUGGAUCUCCACCCUAUUCAAGAGUGUUUUCACGUAGAUGCUAGGAAGAAGAAGCAAGUUAUUCCUCUCAAAAAUCACAUCUUUGAGAUCUUCACAAAGUUGUUGAGUGAAAAAUCUCCACGAGUUCCCCUAUUGUGCUCUCAACUCUCGUCCCUCUUGAUUACAAACACCGAAGAGAACAAAUGUUGCCCACUUUGGUCAUCCCAAGAGUUUCAAGAUUUUUGUGACCCCAGCUUGGCUCAGUUUAUUCCAUCAUCUUCUGCUCUUACUGUUGAUCAUUCAAGUUUAAUGACUUCCAUAUUAUCCUAUUUGAAUGACAUAGGAUCCAUCAUCUAUAUUCAUAACCUUGAUUAUAUCAUCAUAAAUCCAAACUGGCUCACCAAUGUAUUAUUGGGUGAGCUAGUAGCUCUAGGUCAAGACUUUCAACCUCAAGAGUCCGGGUCUUCAGACAAAACCAUGUCACGGAACUCAUACACAAGCAAGGACGGAUUUGUGAGUGAGGGUGUCUUUGCUCGGUUGAUAGAAGAGUUUCUGCGAAAGCAAUCAUGCAGACAGAAAGGUGUGGACAAAGAGGUGGUUGAAAACAUCCUUAUCAAUUUGGAUUUGUGUUUCAAGCUCGAAGAUACUUCUCAGUAUUUCGUUCCCUCCUUCAUACCUGAGCAUGCAAGCAUGGAAGAAAAGAAGCAUCAAGAAGGGGCGCACAUGGAGUCGAUGGCUUGGAGAACUAGGGAUGAGACUUCACGGUUUGUGGGCAUCCGGAUUCAAUGUCAAGAUGGAAGAACAAUGUUGCUGACCGCUGCUUUCUUUCCAUGCUUCCAGAUGUUCAUGAGACGCAAAUUGAUAUCGGAGAUGCAUGUUUCCAAGGAGACUGUGACCUGCUCUCGACACUAUCUUGGAUUUUUUCUUGAUGGACAUCAGAUUUAUGUCCAGCAAGGAAGUUCCCACAAAUACGUGGAUAUUCUGAUGUUAUGCUCGAAGCAUAAGUCACGGGAGGGGGCUCUGAAAUACCUAAUGAAGCAUGUCGUCCAGGAGUUGAUAUCAUUUUGCGCAUCACCCAAAGGCUGUCCCGGGGUGGCUUUAGUGCUUGGUGUGAUCCAAACACUUUGCGUGGAGAUGCUGAUUCCGUGUCAUCUAAGAGGGGCGAUUCUGAUUGAGGAGCUCAAAUCUGAAUUCAUUCGUAGCAUCAAAGACAAACUUGAGGAUAUUCCGUUGGAUAAGUCACACUUGGAGAAGGAGGAAGAGUUGUUCAACUAUGAGCACUGUUGGCCCCCGAUUGAAAGUCACACGACAGAUGUUGUCUUCGAAAGAGCUAGGGACUUGCUGUGGGAGAGCGAUGUGGAAGCGAUUGUGAAUGAGAUUCGAGAUAAGCAAAUGCAACAAUUGGAGUCAUUGCGGCGAGCUUCAAACAACGUGAAGAAUGAUUUGAAUCAUUCUUACCCUGCAAAUGAGAACAUGGUUAGCGAUUCAAAUCUUCCUCAUAUGAAAGACUCCAAUCCAACUUCAUCCAUAAGUCAAGCCAGCACAAGUGUAGAAACUUGUUCAACCGGACUUGAGAACAAGAUAGACCUGAUACUACAAAUGUUUCAUGGUUUGGAUGAGAGGUUGAGAUCAGUGGAGAACAUUGUGCAGAGAUUGGAUAUUAAGAUGGAACAGAUACUCUUUUUACAACGAAAACUGCAGCCAACAAUGAGUGCCUUCAUGUCUGAAGUGGACAACAUCAAUGGGUAUUCUCAAUCUCUUCGGCAGGCAAGAUUUCCCAAGCGACCUUACGUUACGGACGAUGUUGGCAUUUUCUAUAGGAUGAGCGCAGUUCUGCAUGUGGGAACAAUCGUUCGAUUACACUUGAUGUGUGAGUCGGUGACUGGAUUUCAUAGGGUGAAAGAUCAAGAAGGUUUGAAGGUACGCUUGGAUGGGAAGAAUUGCGGCUGGAUUGAGAAAACCAUUAAAAUCUCAUUCAAAGUCCUGUAUUAUGCUGCAAAGGCUGGACUAGAUGUGACUCUUGGGUUAGGCCAAGCGAUUCCGGACUGGGAAGACUUCAAAUCUGAUAUUGCUGAAUUAGAUGGUCUUAGCGAUCGUGAUCGUAGGGCAUUUCUAAAUGGUGGGGAAAGUAAGGAGCUGAGAGAAGCAUGGUUGAGGAUUCAGCAAACUCUGACGCCUCAGCUUCAAGAUAGGUAUUCGGCCAUCUUCAAGUUGUAUCAGGUGAAAUACGUGAGACUAGAAUUAGGUGGGCAUGCAUGGGUGUGCGAGGAGUGCAUGGUAAAAGGUCUUCGUUCUGGCAUCUUGACAUGUUAGGAAUUUGAAGAGGUUACAAUGUCAUUAUGCAGAUGACAAGCAUAUGUUUAGACUCUCAUUCAAUAUGAAACCCGCGUAUGAUCAGGAUUU